AUGAGGAAAAGAACUCUCAAAGUGCUCACGCUCCUCGUCCUCUUCAUCUUCCUCACCUCCUUCUUCCUGAACUACUCUCACACCAUGCUGGCCACCACCUGGUUCCCCAAGCAGAUGGUCCACGAGCUCUCAGAGAACUUCAAGAAGCUCAUGAAGUAUUCCAACAGGCCCUGUACCUGUACUCGCUGCGUUGGGCAGCGCAGGGUCUCCUCUUGGUUCGACGAGCGAUUCAACCAGUCCAUGCAGCCGCUGCUGACAGCCAAGAAUGCACUCCUGGAGGAAGAUACCUACAACUGGUGGCUGAGGCUCCAGCGGGAGAAGCAGCCUAAUAACCUGAACGACACCAUCAGGGAGCUGUUCCAGGUGGUGCCCGGGGACGUGGACCCCCUGCUGGAGAAGGGCUCGGUGGGCUGCCGGCGCUGCGCCGUCGUGGGCAACUCGGGCAACCUGAGGGAGUCCUGGUACGGGCCUCAGAUAGACAGUCACGACUUUGUGCUCAGGAUGAACAAGGCCCCCACUGCAGGGUUUGAGGCCGACGUUGGGAGGAAGACCACCCACCACCUCGUGUACCCCGAGAGCUUCAGGGAGCUGGCGGAAAACGUCAGCAUGGUUCUGGUCCCCUUCAAGACCGUCGACCUGGAGUGGGUGAUCAGCGCCACCACCACGGGCACCAUCUCCCAUACCUACGUUCCUGUCCCUGCCAAGAUCAAAGUGAAAAAGAAUAAGAUCCUGAUUUACCACCCGGCCUUCAUCAAGUACGUCUUCGACAGCUGGCUGCAGGGCCACGGGCGGUACCCGUCCACCGGCAUCCUCUCGGUUAUCUUCUCACUGCACGUCUGUGAUGAGGUGGACCUGUACGGCUUCGGGGCGGACAGCAAAGGGAACUGGCACCACUACUGGGAGAACAACCCGUCGGCGGGGGCUUUUCGGAAGACCGGGGUACACGAUGGGGACUUCGAGUCCAACGUGACGGCCACCUUGGCAUCCAUCAACAAAAUCCGGAUCUUCAAGGGGAGAUGA